AUGAGCGUGCAGGCGCUGCGGUUGCUGUGGGGCUUCAUUCAAACAGGCGGAGGGAGCGCCGGCGGUGAGCUGAGGGAUAAACGCGCUGGACGAAUUCAAAUCGCCGGGCAACGUUCGGUGGAUCUGGCCUUCACAGUAGGAUUCCAAGGAUUGUAGCAUUGAUUAACUGCUCGACAAACCAAUCCAAGACAUCGUCCUUUGAGAUAGUUGACCAUUUGCUGUUCAAUAAUGGUGUAAUCACGCUUGAACUAUUUAAACUGCAUCAUCAGUUUCUAAAAUUAGAACAGAAUAAAACAACUCUUUUAAAUUGCUUCAAUUCAGAGGAUACGAAAGACAAAGAAAUACUGUAAACACCACGCAUCUCCCAUUGUGGCUAAAUUGAGCAACUGUCAUUGAAGCUGGGGUCAGUGAUUAUCAACUCUUCAUACCAAAGGAAAGCUGAAAACAUCAUCCAUCUCCCGUAGGGACUAUAUUAAGUGAAUCGUCGUUUCAAUUGGGGUAAUGGCUAUUUAAAAUUUCACACCAAAGUAAAGCUUCUGUGAGGGUGAUUUUGAAGAAAGGGUAAUAAAAAGAGUGAAUUUUGACAUUGUGUUUGGGCUGCUUAUCAAACCUGUGGUGGAGUGACAAACAGGCCAUUAUUAAACCAUCACCAAGGAAACCACAGCUGUGCAACAUUACGCAAAGAGAACACAGGAGGCAUCCUGAGAAUUUUUCAUUUCAAGAAAUAAUUCAAACUCACCAUUAAUUUUUCUGACUUGUUUGGAGCUCUGAUUUCUUCAGACUGUAAUAUACUCUUCCAAAAAUCCACUUUCUCAUGCUGCAAUGGGGAAGUCCAACAGCAAGCUGAAACCUGACGUUAUAGAGGAGCUGACAAGGAAAACCUAUUUUACCGAGAAAGAAGUCCAACAGUGGUACAAAGGUUUCAUUAAAGACUGCCCCAGUGGACAGCUUGAUGCAGCAGGCUUUCAGAAAAUCUACAAACAAUUCUUUCCCUGUGGAGACCCAACCAAGUUUGCUACAUUUGUCUUCAAUGUGUUUGAUGAAAAUAAAGAUGGAAAAAUCGAGUUCUCUGAAUUCAUCCAAGCGCUAUCAGUAACUUCAAGAGGGACUCUGGAUGAGAAACUACGAUGGGCUUUUAAAUUGUAUGACCUAGAUAAUGACGGCUACAUCACCAGGAAUGAGAUGUUGGAUAUUGUGGAUGCUAUUUAUCAGAUGGUGGGUAAUACAGUGGAACUCCCUGAAGAGGAAAAUACACCAGAGAAACGAGUGGAUAGGAUUUUUGCCAUGAUGGACAAGAAUGCUGAUGGAAAAUUGACCCUACAGGAGUUUCAAGAGGGAUCGAAAGCAGACCCAUCCAUCGUCCAAGCGCUUUCUCUAUAUGAUGGCCUGGUAUAGUUCCUGUAACCACCCUUGUGCCAUGAUGUCCAGGGAUGAACCAUUUUGGUGCCAUUUUAACGGUUCUGUGCAGAAGCUCGAUGGUCCAGCAGUCGCUCACCUUCACCCAGAUGUGAACAGGAGUGCACGGGUGUGUGCAAGCUGAGCUCUUUUGCUUGUCUCCAUUUGCCAAUCUCAGCUUAAGAACCCAAAAUGUUUUUUUUACACUUGAGAACUCUGCAGUAGACACACACCUCAUUUUUUUGGAAAGACUUGAUCGAAAGGAGCAUUGAUAUUUGCCUUUUUGUACAAUUUUAGACUGAAUUAAAUUGCUCUAGCUGUAAGUUAUUUUUGUUUGGCUGCAUUGGCUGCCUCAAUUACUGUUUUAAAUGAACAAAAAAGAAAUUGCUGUUCUUGUAUUGUCAGAAAAUCAUAGCAGCAGAGUACUGCAACGUGAGAAUUGUGUGUGUUUUGUGCUUUAAGUGAAAUGUGUUUUAU